CCAUGCAGAUGACGAGUGGACAGGGGCCAGAUGGAAAGGGGUGGUCCCUUCCCUGCUUGCUGUACAUGGCUCUGAUGUAUUCAGGGGGGUCUGAAGGAGGAAAAAAAAAGGAGAGAGAGCAGGAUUUGGGAAAGUGAUAGGUGGUCGGGGUUUGUUUGCUUGAAGUGACUUUCUUCUCCUCUUGUAGGGUUAGUAGAGAGAGAAGGAGAUGGCCACCGAUUGCUGUUAGUGCUGUCCUAGUCUCCAGAUACGGAUCCUGUAUGGACUGAUCUCUCCCAGGGAAGGCUGCUCUUGGAAGGGAAGGGAGUGCUGUUAGUGCUGUCCUAGACUCCAGAUAAGGAUCUUGUAUGGACUGAUCUCUCCCAGGGAAGGCUGCUCUUGGAAGGGAAGGGAAGUUAUGCAGACAGCUGAGCCCUUGGAUUGGAGCGGCUCUUUCCUGAGCUGAUAGUGCCACUCAGCGUCUCAAGCUCUUGGACUUGAUCCCUCUACUAAGACUUCAGGAAGAUCACCAAGAGUGCAGCCACUUUCCGAUGACCACGGAGAACCCCAGCCAGCGGUUAGAUCCCUCUUUGCCCUCCAGCCCUAGUACAGGGGCACUACAGCCUGCACUGAUGAGUCAACAGCCGGCAGCGAUGGACACCUCCUCCUCCUCUUCAUCCUCCAAGACCAAGAAGCCAAGUUCGGGGCUCAGGCGCCCCGAAAAGCCCCCAUAUUCCUACAUCGCUUUAAUAGUCAUGGCCAUACAGAGCUCUCCGACUAAAAGACUGACCCUGAGUGAGAUCUACCAGUUCCUCCAAGCUAGGUUCCCCUUCUUCAGAGGCUCCUAUCAAGGCUGGAAAAACUCUGUACGCCACAACCUGUCUCUGAAUGAGUGCUUCAUCAAGUUGCCCAAAGGACUGGGCAGACCAGGGAAGGGCCACUACUGGACCAUAGACCCUGCAAGCGAGUUCAUGUUUGAGGAGGGCUCCUUCAGAAGAAGACCCAGAGGAUUCCGGAGGAAAUGCCAAGCUCUGAAGCCCAUGUAUAGGAUGAUGAAUGGUAUAGGCUUCAGCACUUCUAUCCUUCCCCAAGGAUUUGAUUUCCAAGCACCACCUGCAUCCCUGGCAUGUCACAGUAAUGGCUACAACUUAGAUAUGAUGACCAACUCUAUGACUGGAGGAUAUGACAGCUUGAGUGGAGGUCACCAUGUCCCACAUAUGUCCCCCAACCCUGGCUCCACAUAUAUGGCCAGUUGCCCAGUGUCUUCCAGCGGUGACUAUGGACCAGACAGCAGUAGUAGCCCUGUCCCUUCUUCUCCUGCUAUGGCCAGUGCUAUGGAAUGUCAUUCUCCUUACACAAGUCCCACUGCUCACUGGACAUCAUCAGGGGCUUCCCCAUACCUGAAACAGCAGGCCAUGGCACCUAGCAAUGCAGCAUCCGCCAGUCUCCACUCAGGCAUGUCUUCAUACUCCUUGGAACAGACUUACCUCCAUCAGAACAGUCGGGAUGAUCUCUCAGUGGGAUUGCCUCGCUACCAGCACCAUUCCUCCCCUGUGUGCGACAGAAAGGAUUUUGUUCUCAACUUUAACGGGAUUUCUUCUUUCCACCCGUCUGCCAGUAGUUCUUACUAUCACCAUCACCACCAUCAGAGUGUCUGCCAGGAUAUAAAGCCGUGCGUGAUGUAGAUGGGACUGAGCCAACACAAUGGGGAGCCAGCGACAAUCGCAGCGUGUGUGUACUUUACUGUGCCAGGAGGGCAUCGAGCACACCUGGGCUGGUCUUGUCUCCUACCCUGUGUAUCUCAAUGCUGGGCCAUGCAGCCACACUAAUCCAUGGCAGGGUGCCAGUCCCAAUGCUGGAUCUGUGUGCAGCUGCCAUAUAUGAAGUACCCUUCUUCUUCCAUCUGCUUGAAUCGGCUUAAAAUGUAUCACUGCCUGCCAAGCACAGGUAAUAAUAAAAGUUUGAUAUGUUUACAGUUCUGCAAUCAGGAGGCAUUGCCAGAUGACAAGGACAAGUAUCUGACCCCAGACACAAACCCAGCAAGAUGACAAGGACAAGUAUCUGACCCCAGACACAAAUACAGCACUUCUAAAAAUACUAAAGAGCUGGUAGUACAGAAAACAGGUGUCACAGGUUUUAAUAAUAAAAAAAGAACUAAUAUUAGCUGACUGCCAUCAGAUAAUGAGGUUACUACAUCACAUGCAUCUUACUAUUCAUAUCCACCUUCCCUGUAUUUUUUCAUAAUAAGGGUGAUUUACUCAAGCAAUAAUGUCAUAAGGCUGUUCAUACACUAUACAAUCUGAUUGUACAACCGCCUUUAGAUUUACCAACAAAUAUAUCCUGCCUGAUCGAAUACAAAUUGAUUGGAUAGUUUAGGUAGGUCCUCACAUUGAAUAGUUUUUGGUAAAUCUAAAAAUGAGUGUAUGGUCAGAUUGUAUGGUGUACGGUGAGCACACAAUCGCUGCUUCUACAGAAGUUUUGUGUUGUGCCCCUAGAAGCAGAUCAAUGUUAUCCUAUGUGUCUAUGCACAUUAUAGGACGAUUACAGGCAUAUAAAACAGGAAAAAAACAAUUGUGGUUUGCAUCUCUGACAGAAAAAACGCAAAACUCUCCUAAAAUUGUCUGUACAACAGUGCAUCCAGAAGGUUUCAUUGCGAAGUGGUUUGACCAACCUAUUUAUUACUCCUUUAGUAAAUUAUACCCUGCAUUGUAGUAGUAUUUUCCUAGAUUGUAAAUAAAGUCUUCCUAAUCUCAGAAUGGACUCAGAUCUUGGGAUGCAUCAUUACGGAUUGGUGUUUGUAAUAGUUGCUUUGUCCUUGUAAAUAUUUUCGAUGUGACUUAACCAUGAAUCAUGGAUCAUGGAAAACCAAAUGCUGGAAGUCAUCUCCACAUGGUGGAAAUGACUGCGUGGUUUAAAAAAAGCUUGGAGUAGAGAGGAGAAAAUAUAGGAGCCUGAAGAGCACCAGGCGAGAGAAUAAUGCGAUCUCUAUCAUGUGAUCUCUAUCAUGUGUGCAUGGACCUCUCUACAACCUGUUUCUUCUCUUCUGUCCCAUUAAUUUGUCUCUUUUCUCUCCUAUCUGUCUCUAGACACCCUGCUUAUGCCCUUCUCUACACCAGUUAUUAUUGUAUUAUGUGCCCAAUUUACUGCCCAUUUCUUUCCUUCUCUGCCCAUUCCCCUCUUCUUCUAUAUCGUAUGUUCUGUGUUGUUUCAUCUUUUACAUCUCUUUGUUAUCUUGUCUUCCUCUUAUAUCUCUUUAUCUUACCUUCUUAUUUCCUUUCGCUUUAUACAAUGGUUCUCUACUUUCUGUUUGCCUCUCUCCCUUUUACCUCUCUUUUCUAUAUAUUAAAUACUCCACCCCUCAUCACCUCACCCCUCUGUUUCCUCUAUAUUCUGUAUUUAUUAUCCACCUUCUGACUCUGUACCCUUUCUUUCUUUCCUCCUUUCCUUCUUUCUUUUCUCUCUCUCACCAAUAUAACCUUAAACUCUCUCUCUCUCUUUUCCAUAUAACCUACUUCUCUCUUCCAUAUAACCUACUCCUCUCUCUACCAUACAUCCUUCCUCUCUCUUUCUCUCUUCCAUAUAACCUACUCCUCUCUCUACCAUACAUCCUUUCUCUCUCUUUCUCUCUUCUAUAUAACCUACUCCUCUCUCUAC